AUGCAUAUAUAUAUCAGAAGCAUUAACACGAACGGCGAGGUCAUCGUGCGGCUCAUUUCUUCAAAAUCUAAGGUUGCUCCGUUGAAGGUGCAAUCAUUGCCACGCUUGGAACUUUGUGGAGCAGUACUAGCGGUCGAAUUGAUGGAAAAGGUGAAGGAAGCAGUACGAGCACACAAAAUUUUCUUCUGGACCGAUUCAACCUGUGUGCUUCAAUGGAUCAAGGCUACGCCAACCACGUGGGUAACAUUUGUGGCAAAUCGGGUGGCAAAAAUUCAAACUUUUCGAGGAAAAUGGAAUCACGUUCCCGGUACAUUCAAUCCAGCGGACUUAAUUUCAAGAGGAGUAGCUCCAGAUGUCAUCGGAAAAUGCAGCUUGUGGUGGGAGGGCCCAUGCUGGUUGAAAGAAGUUGAGGAAAACUGGCCAUGUCAGCCAACAGUCGUUGACGAGGAUCCGCCAGAGGUCCGCCGCAAGGUGGCAGCAUGUUUGACGGCAGUGGAACCGGAGUUCGACAUCUGGUACAUCUCGAAAUUUUCGUCAUAUACAAAAAUGAUACGAACAACGGCGUACUGGGUGCGUUUAAUUGAGCUUCAGAGGAACCCAAAAUCGGAUCACAAUUUUGGAUUCCUUACAUCAAGCGAGCUCAAGGGAGCGGAAAUGAUUUUGUUUCGCUUGGGUCAACGGUUGGCGUUCAACCAAGAAAUUAGAGCACUGUCGAACAGCAAACCAGUGCCUCGUAAUUCAUCACUUCGAUGGUUCAAUCCUUUUAUCAUGGAAGACGGCAUACUACACGUAGGUGGGAGAUUAAGCCAAUCUCAAGAACGAGCUGAAACAAAGCAUCAAAUUGUAUUACCGGCUAAGCAUCCAAUAACCACAAUGAUUUUUGUUUACCAUCACGAAAAGUUGUUGCACGCCGGUCCACAAUUACUGCUAAGUGCUGUCCGGUUACGUUUCUGGCCAUUAGGCGGCCGAAACAUUGCUAAAAGGGUGGUCCAUCAAUGCCAACGGUGUUUCAGAGCGAAACCAAUUCUGAUCCAACAACAAAUGGGUCAAUUACCAAGGGAAAGAGUGAGAGUAGGUCGAGCAUUCCUGAAAUCCGGAGUAGACUAUUUUGGACCUGUAUAUAUCCGCGAUGGCCGCUGA